AUGUCUUCCCUCCAAGUCAUAUCACCCAAGAAGCUGCUUCUCUUGGCAGCCGCUCUUGUGCCGGCGGCCAACGCAGUCGCCAUGCCAGAUGCCAUCGCCGAAAUCUUCAAGCGUGACCCUCCGUCGAAGAUCCGAGCCUGCGCUCCGGACGCGGACAAGAAGUGGCAACCUGCCAUGGACUUUGACAAAGACGGAUGCUACAACACCCCGGCCAUCGACGCCAACGGCAACCUCAACGGCGGGCUCAAGUGCGGCGGCGCCAAGAACGGCCACUGCCGCGACAAGUCGGACCUGGACAACAAUAACGUGUACUCACGCGCGCGGUGUAACAACGGCUGGUGCGCUUAUUUGUAUGGCUACUACUUUGAGAAGGACCAGUCAGUAGACGGCUCGUGCGGCGUGGGCCACAAGAACGACUGGGAACACAUCGUUGUCUGGGUCAAGGACGGCGAGAGCAUGCCGGCGUAUGUUGCCGCCUCCCAGCACAAGGGUUGGGAAGUCAAGGCAGGCAAGGACGUCCGUUUCCAGGACACGCACCCAAAGAUGGUCUACCACCAGGACGGCGGGUUGACGCACGACUUUCGGUUUGCGAACGAGGCCGACGACAAGGUCGAGAACCACAACGGGGCUUGGUUUUUCGGUGAUCUCGUGAGCUACCUGGGAUUUCCCUCGACCGAGAUCCGUGACAAGAUGCUCAACAACGACUGGGGUGCAGCCCUCCCCGACCUCAAGGACGGCGUUUUCUCGGGCAAGCUCAACGAUGCCAAGGGUGGCCACAGCGAUAUCACCCUUGACGUCAAUACCGAUAACAACAACUCCCUGGGACAGCCCAGCUGCUAA